AAAUCUCUGCUGUUUGCCAUUGCAGGGCAUGAGGAUAGGCUGGGAGUCAAGAACAAAGAGCAAGGAAAACAUCGCAAACAUCUCCAAACCAGCUAGAAUGAAGUUCGUCAUUUUGUUUUUAUCGCUAAUCUUAUCCGUGACUAAUGCAGCCCCUAACUGGAGGAGAGCACCCAAUGCACCCUUCCUAAGCACCGUGCAGCCAACUGAGGCUAGAUCCCGCUUUGCUAUGUUAGAUGACGUACGACUGCUAGCUAACGGUCUGCUCCAGCUCGGACAGAGUCUCCGUGAGUUUGUGCACAAGACCAAGGCUCAGAUCAAUGACAUCUUCCAGAAGCUUAACAUUUUCGACCGCUCCUUCUACCAGCUGUCGGUGGUCACCAGUGAGAUUAAAGAGGAAGAGGAGAAGCUGAAGAAGACGACCACAUUUUUGAAGGUCAACAAUGAGGAGAUCAGAAACUUGUCGAUGGAGAUCAACACUAAAAUCAACAACAUUUUGGAGGAGAGAAGCCAACUGCACAACAAGGUCGGAGGAUUGGAGGAGAAGCUGAAGGGGUUGUCUCAAAGCAUGGUUCCCUUGGAGCAACUACAGGAGAUCUCCGGCCUUAAGGACAUCAUUGAAACACAAGAAAAGACCAUCACGGACCUGCUUAAAUCUGUGAGAGAGCAACACGAACAGCUCAGCUACCAGAAAGUCAAAAUUAAGAGUCUUGAGGAUAAGCUGAGUUAUGACACUUUUCAAGACACAGCUGAAAAAGCAUCAGAAUUGAGCCCAGAAACACCUGACCCCUUUGGGUACUUAACAAUGAAUUCCACCAAUGGAACUAUGGACAGAAAUGACUUCCUAACGGAUUGCAGUGAUGUAUUCAAAAGUGGCCAGAUGAAGAGUGGUAUUUACCCAAUCAAACCCAAUCAAUCGGAGCCUUUCAAUGUGUACUGCGAAAUAAAUUCUGAUGGAGCAGCAACGGUCAUUCAGAGAAGGGUGGAUGGUUCUGUUGAUUUUGAUCAGUCGUGGGAAAAAUAUGAACAUGGAUUUGGCCAACUGGAAAAAGAAUUCUGGCUUGGCUUGGCCAAAAUCCAUUCCAUUGCUCAGCAAGGAGAAUACAUUCUGCACAUUGAACUUGAAGACUGGAAAGAGGAAAAGAGAUUCAUAGAGUACACGUUCACCCUGGAUGGCCCUUCGACUGGGUACACCCUUUAUUUGGCACCUCUGUCUGGAGAUCUGCCCGAUGCCAUGAGCAACCACACGGGCAUGAAGUUCUCAACCAAGGACAGAGACAACGAUAAACACAGCGAAUCCAACUGUGCCCGCAACUACACAGGCGGUUGGUGGUUUGACGCAUGUGGAGACACCAACUUAAAUGGGAGAUAUGCCUGGAUGAGACCGAAGGCUCGCCCCCAGCGCAGGAAAGGAAUAUACUGGAAGCCUGCCAAAGGAAGCCCCUUCACCCUUAAAUCCACAAAGAUCACUAUCAGACCUUUAACCUAGUUUCAAUAAUCCCUGACCCCAACUUUUACCGAGCCAUUCAAGAUCAAUUAGAGGGGUCAAAGUGGCAGUAAUCUCUGGCCAACUAAGCUUCCCUCCUUCGUUACAGACAGUCUAAAAUUGAUGAUUUCCACAACAGAAUGACGCAACUGAAACAGGGCAUUGACUCCGAGGUAGAAACCGGGUAUUGCAAAAUGCAUGUGCUAGUUCAGAAUAUCCCUAGGUCAUUGGAUUACAACCUUGGAAGCCGUUUUACAAAAUAAUGGUAAAAAUUUACUGUCUAGGUUCAAAUAACACAUCUGGAACAAAACUAAGGAUGCAUGUUAAUAAGAACGAACUAAAUUUAAUAAGCUUGUUUACUAUAUGCAUAUUAUUGAACUACGGUGCAUUCAGUUAUAGUUCUCAAUAUAUUGUUUUACUUUUUUUAACUUAAAAUACUGUAAGAAAAUUCACAGAUGUGCUACAUUCAAAAAGGGUAACGCUUUAUAAUAUUUUUCAUUAAUAAACAUGUGCACUGUAAAAAGUGAAAGUUUCUCUACUUAAAAAAAAUACUUUAAUUGGUAACCCACCUAAAAUAUAAAAAAAAUGUUAACUUACAUUUUUUACAUAAAGUUUUAAGGCGUUACCAAUUAAAGUAAUUUUUUAAUUAAUCCAAAUUUUACUUUUUACAGCGUAAAUGGUGAUUCGAGCUGCCAUUGGUCCCCUUCCACAUUCAUCCCAUGGUUCUGUUAAAGGUGCAGUGUGUAAAUUUUAGCGGCAUCUAGUGGUGAGGUUGCGAAUUGCAACCAACGGCUCAGUCCACUGCCCAACCCUCGCUUUUGAAAUGCAUUAAGAAGCUACGAUAGCUACCACCGGACAAACAUUUCAUUGUCGGAGACAACUUAGUAAAAAAGUUUGUCCGUUAAGAGCUUCUGUAGAAACAUGGCGGCACAAAAUGGCGACUUCCAUGUAAGGGGACCCUCGGUGUAUGUAGAUAAAAAUGUCUCAUUCUAAGGUUAUAAAAACAUAGAGGUUAAUUUUAAAAGGUCUUUAUACUCCACUGAUAAUGUAGUUUUGUAUAUUAUUUUGCAUUUCUUUCAAGAGAUCCUUCUAAAAAUUACACACUGCACCUUUAAACAUUUCCAUUUAUGUUCCAUGCAUGAAAAAUGUAUAUACACAAGUCAGUAAAUGCGGAUAUAAAUAAUGUGUAUCAAAAUAUAAAUACAUAAGAAAAUAGAUACAUUAAACAGAUAUAAAAUUACAUAUAUAAAUAAUGAAAGUCAGUAUAAGGUGUUAACAAGUAAUUGUAAUAGUGGUAAAAGUUUGAUAUCCUGCUUCUUUUGUGUGUUGAGUCAUAUUGACUCUUGGUUACGCUUUGUGCAUACUCGGCUGUAAUGUGUAUAUAUAUAUUUAGUUUACAGAAUGUUUCCUCAGUAGUGUGCUUUAUAUUUAUAGUAAAACUUUCAGACAUUAAUGCAAAAAUAAAAAUAAAUCUUUCUUUAAGUCUCA